UUCUUUUCUCUUUCUCAGGGUAUCUAUCAGUCUCUUUGGCAACAAUGUUUAAAAAGUUCAGUUUCAGUACUGAUAUUGCAGGUCAAAGUCCUCUCAAGUCAUCAGUACAACGCGCGAUCCGUACAAAACUUCAAGAACAAUAUCCAAUGUUGGAAUCUGUAUUGGAAGAACUGAUCCCAAAAAAGACACCUAUUAUACAAAUUAAAGGUCAUGAACAUAUUUCGUUUUUAUCAGUUAAUGGUGAAAUAUUAUUUUUCCAACACUUUGAUGGACCUUAUUUCCCUACACUUAUUUUACUUCAUAAAUAUCCCGAUAUCCUUCCCAAACUUCAAGUGGAUCGAGGGGCCAUUAAAUUCGUGUUAUCUGGUGCCAAUAUCAUGUGUCCUGGUUUAACUUCCAAAGGUGCUCGUAUAGAUGUGGAUUUACCUGAAGGUGCAGUUGUCUCUAUCAUGGCAGAAGGAAAGGAAAAUGCUUUAGCUAUUGGUUUACUAAAAAUGAGUACUGAAGAUAUUCGAAAAGUAAAUAAGGGAAUUGGAUGCGACAAUAUUCAUUACUUAACGGAUACCCUUUGGAAGGAAUUGGUACCUUUGUAGUGAUCAUCUUCAAUUAGAUUUAAUAUGAAUGGAUUUUAUUUUUUAUUCGUUAUUAGAUUCGUUUAGUUGUUUUUUUAUAUCUCUUUUUUUUUUGAUAUGAUUGUUGUAUUAAUUGGCUAAAAUAAAGUAUUGAUUUACAGGAUGAUGAACAUCUUGAUUUAAUCAAAUAUUAUUUUGAAAGGGUACGAUAAUUA